AUGUACAUUAAAGUAAGCGAUACCAUCAUGCCAAAGAAAAUUAUCCAGAGGUUCAUUUGUGCUGGUGGUGAAAAAGAUGAUUAUCCAGAAGAAAACUCGGUCGCACAAGAAUCUGUCUACCCUAGUGCUCGUACCCCUCGGAGAAGAUUAUUUCCCCGAAUCUUCUCGGCACGCCGAGAAAAAGAAGAAAAAAAACUGAAAUCACCUGAAAUUAGUCCUCGAAGUUUCAGUUCAACGAUGACAAUGGAGUCUUUAACUUUGUACCACGAAUACAAAAACGAAGAAGAAAGAAAAGCGAUGCUAUGCGCGACAAUUUUGGACGAGAUUCUGACCAACGUGAUGAUGAAGACAAAUCAACAAGAGAACGAAUGCGAAGAGCAUCAUGAGCGUCUUUUGAGCAACGAUGGGUUGACCUACGACGACGUAAAAGACAUUGAAGCGAAAACAAAGUUUCUCUAUUUUCAAAGCCUGACGGAACCUGAAGACCUCUGGUUCAUCGACAACUACCCAAAGGAAAUCAACGGGGAGCCAAUUCCAAAACAACUUCUCAAAGAUGCGGGAUUGCUGGCGAUUUUCAAGGCGAAAUUCAAGCUCAUGUUGGAAGCGAAAAUGGAUAUUCGGCGGCUGCGAGUUGAAAAUCCUGAUUAUCACUUUGAUCCGUAUUUCUCGGCGAUUCUGGCGCAAGAAAAAGAAGUGCGCAGUAGUUUCGUGUUUUUGACGAAAAUGACGAUCAACAAGUAUCGAGCGAAUAAAAAAGAGCUUCCCAGGUGGUCGGUGUUGAUGCUAGGCCCGACCAACGAGCUGUACUCUUCCAAACGGCUCCGAUUGCUGGAGAAACUUGACGAAAACGAGAACUACAUGAUUUGUGAAACGAAAAAAACUAUUAUCGAUUACGCCAGAGUGAAUAAAACUAUCGUAGACAUGUUAGAAAACGGAAUCCCCGGUUGGUACAUCAAAAACGAUCGUUUACGUUCUUUAAUGAAUUCUCCUGUGGAAAUUUGCGAGGGAGGAUUCAUCAUUUCCACGUCUUUUUUGAUCAGAUUGGAGUCUUUGGGACUGAUGAUAGCCCCCUUGGCGCACAUUCUCGACAGAAAACUGGCAAUGACUGGCUGGUGGUUUGAAUCGAACGGGCUUUUCGAUCCUCUCGCUUUCUGGAUCUUUAAUUUGGCUAAUUACGCCAGCAUAAGUAACUUUGACGGCUACAGUUUGAAGAUGGUCUCGUUCGAGGAAUUGGAAGACGCCGAGAAAUCCGACAAUUCCGUUCUUCCCGAGCACUUUGUUGAGCACGAGCAUCUCAAAGAUAAUUUCAUUCGUAUGAAACCACUCGUCAAAGAACCGACAUUCGCGUCCAUUGUCGAGCUGCCCGAACACUUCAUCAAAAACUCGCCCCAAAAGCCGCUCGAUUUCCUGAUAACCCCGCCGAAUGCUUGCUCUGAAAAAAUACCGCUCUUGGCUUUGAUAAAAACUUCCAACCCAGCUUCUCUCAAUCGACAUUGGCACGAGGCAAAAGAACACGGAGACAUUAUCCUGGCCGACUUCGCAGACACAUACGACAACUUGCCGAUCAAGACUCUUUCCGGCUACCAGUUUCUCAAAGACUACUGCAGCAAGAAAUACGAUAUCGUUUCUUUUACCGACGAUGAUACAUUCCUCGACUUGCCGAACAUCAUCAAGUACGCGAAACAGAGCCUUUCGCCGAACGAAGCGCAAUUUCGAUGCUUGAAGGGGAGCAAGAUUGAAGCUUCUUCUGCUCCUUACUCGGGCAAGUACUUUGUCUUUCCAGACAUUUGGCCGCCUUCGCACAUUCCUCCCGCUUACUGCAACGGUCAAUGCAGCUUACUGACACGAGGAGCUGCUGAGAAAAUCAUAGAAACAGCGGAAAACACGGCCAGGCAUGAAUUUAGGCUUGAAGACUUUUACUUUGCUGGAAUUUUGAGGCAAAAAGCGAAAAUAACGGACAUAAAAGGAAUAACAGUGUAUAAAGAUGGAAAGGAACACGGCUUUUGCAAGCAUCUGGGAGUCCCACUGACGAACGAUACACUCACACCUCUUCUUCAACAAUAUCAAAAUGGAACACUGCGAAUACCCUCUGCCGCAUAA